AUGAAGAAGGGCGAUAAUAAAGGUCGGACUGGGACCUUCCCGGUGGAUCCGAACGUCCCCCGAUGGGUUUGCCAGAACUGCCGCAAUCCUCUCUGCAUCGUCGGCGUCGACUCUUACGCCGACAAAUUCUUCAACGAUCCUUCACGCUCCGGGAUGCAAGGUUCGUCCAUUCAUGGUGCCAGCAGUGUGCUGAGUUCCACUAAAAUGGACAAUUCGUAUGUUGUGCUGCCCAAGCAGAGACCUCAGGCUCAGGGAAGUGCUCCUCGGCCGCGUGGUGAUGCUGCUGCUGCUGCUGCCGCUGCCGCUGCCGCACAGCCUGGAAAGGCCAUGGAGGAGUCGUUUGUGGUUGUGUACAAAUCCGAAUCGGGGACGGAUGGAAGCGGUGCACAUUUGUCAGGCACCGGGGCUGAUUCUAGUGGCCAUUUGCCGCCUCAUAACUCUGGGUUUAAUUCCACUAUUACUGUCCUGACUCGAGCGUUUGAGAUUGCCACGACACAGACACAGGUUGAACAGCCUCUAUGCCUUGACUGCAUGAGGAUUUUGUCGGAUAAGCUUGAUAAAGAGGUUGAAGAUGUGAACAGGGACAUUGAAUCGUACGAAGCCUGUCUUAAACGCUUGGAGGGAGAGGCUAGAGAUGUCCUCAGUGAGGCUGAUUUUCUUAAGGAGAAACUGAAGAUUGAGGAAGAAGAACGAAGACUUGAAGCAGCAAUUGAAGAAACUGAGAGACAAAAUGCUGAAGUAAAUGCUGAACUGAAGGAACUAGAGUUGAAAUCAAGUCGCUUUAAAGAAUUGGAGGAGAGGUAUUGGCAUGAGUUCAACAAUUUUCAGUUUCAAUUAAUUUCUCAUCAGGAGGAGAGAGAUGCAAUCUUGGCAAAGAUUGAAGUUUCACAAGCUCAUUUAGAAUUAUUGAAGCGAACAAAUGUGCUCAACGAUGCCUUCCCCAUUUCUCACGAUGGAGAGUUUGGAACAAUUAACAAUUUUCGACUUGGAAGACUCCCUAAAAUUCCAGUUGAAUGGGACGAGAUAAAUGCUGCCUGGGGCCAAGCUUGCCUUCUUCUUCAUACUAUGUGCCAGUAUUUCCGACCGAAGUUUCAAUAUCGAAUAAAGAUAAUUCCUAUGGGUAGCUACCCUCGUAUCACUGACACCAAUAACAGUACCUAUGAGUUGUUUGGUCCUGUCAACUUGUUCUGGAGUACUCGCUAUGACAAAGCAAUGACAUUGUUUUUAGCUUGCCUAAAGGAUUUUGCGGACUUUGCCAAGUCUAAGGAUCAAGAGAAUAACAUUCCACCUGAGAAAUGUUUCAAACUGCCUUAUAAGAUUGAGAAUGACAAAGUGGAAAACUAUUCCAUCACUCAAAGCUUCAAUAAGCAGGAAAAUUGGACAAAAUCUCUCAAGUACACUCUUUGCAAUUUGAAAUGGGCACUCUAUUGGUUUGUAGGAAAUACCAACUUCCAGCCUCUUUCAGCAAUGGUAUCUUCCCAUGCAUGCUGA